AUGGUCGAGCACUUCAAUAGUCCUGCUGCUAUCACAAAAGCGAACGAACUAGAACUGAUGGCCAAGAAAUAUCCCGUUUACCUCCAUACGCCUAGACAUGCCCUUCAUAAUCAAUCUCUAGUUCCGUUUCGCAAUCGCCCUCGUCGGCACCACGCUGCGUCCUCCCAGCCUUACGAAGAGAUACACACUCGACAUGGUCGUGCCAUAUAUCCCAACACCAGCCAUCCCGGGAUACGCGCGCUCGUGCAGUGCAUCACGCCGUUCCCGUUCGACGAUUGCUACCACUGGCUCGAGAACAUGACGACUGUCCGCCUACGUCGGAAGGCCGACCUGUUUGACGAAGACAACGCAGUGCAGGUCGAGGUGAUGCAGCACGUCGUCAUGAAGCGUCGUUUUGGGGAGGACGUUCAGCGCAGCGUCCCGCUCAAGACGGCGCAGAAAGCAAGAGAACCGCUGCAGUCUGUUCCUCGUCCCAACACUUGCGUCCUUCUGCAUCUGCCCGACACUUCUGAAGCGGACAUGGAGGCUCAGGCUCUGUUGUGCAAGGGCAUUCUCUGUCUCGCCCAUGGCCCGACAGCAGAACGGCUUCCCUUAGUCGACCUCUGGCUCGAGCUUACCGACCAUCUCACGGCCGACAUCAUCCCAAGCCCGCUCGAGCUCUACAAGGAAGUCAACGCUAUUGCGAAGUGA